CCCGCUCUAUUCUUGCAGUCGGAGCGCAGCAGCUGGAAGAGUUGGACGUGUCGCCAGGUCAGCCAUGUCAUCUGAGCCUCCCCCGCCACCGCAGCCUCCCACGCAUCAGACGUCUAUAGGGCUAUUGGACACCCCUCGUGCCCGGGAUCGCUCUCCAUCCCCUCUGCGGGGCAACGUCGUCCCUAGCCCUUUGCCUACCCGCCGGACAAGGACCUUUUCAGCGACGGUGCGGGCUUCACAGGGCCCUGUCUACAAAGGAGUCUGUAAAUGCUUCUGCCGGUCCAAGGGUCACGGCUUCAUCACCCCGGCUGAUGGUGGGCCUGACAUCUUCCUGCACAUCUCUGAUGUGGAAGGGGAGUAUGUUCCCGUGGAAGGCGACGAGGUCACCUAUAAGAUGUGCUCUAUCCCGCCCAAGAAUGAGAAACUGCAAGCUGUAGAGGUGGUCAUCACCCACCUGGCACCAGGGACGAAGCAUGAGACCUGGUCCGGGCACGUCAUCAGCUCCUAGGGACCUGCAAGAACCCCUUCUCCUGGGCUUGAGGGAGACUUUGGGGGAAAGAGGAGCAGGGCCACCCUGGAUAUAACAUUCUACCACACAAGAUGGGGGCCUCAAGGCGGGCAUGGCCCCUUUCAAGCAUUUCCUGGAGGGGGAAGGAGUUGCGGGCAGGCAAGGGGUGCUCUCAGCCACCAGUACAGCCUCCAGCCAUUGCAACAAGCUCUCACUGUCUGAAAAGCAUUAAAAGCAUUUGAAAAGGAGAGGCAACUGCAGAGGCUGAGUGGAGAGGGUGCAGUCCCAGCCCAAAGCACCCAGGUAGGCCAAACAUGCUAUUUUCCCAAAUGCCCCCUUCAGAUCAACCCCAUAACAACUAUUCCUGGAACUAGAAACAGAAAUCCUCUGAUUUAUUUGGCUUCCUGAGGGAUGUCACCAACUCCAUGAGACUUUCCAUGACCCAAUGCCCUAACUUGGGACCAGGUCAGUCCAGCCUCAGCCUGGCUGGUUGGGCGAGAGCUGCUGGCUUAUGUAUGUGGUUUAUGUAUGUGCAGAGCUUUCCAGGGGACUUUACCACUUGGUGCCUUUGCAGCAGGUGUGUCUCCACCUUCUGGGAAAGACUAACCCUUAGGAGCUCUGCCCUAGCAUAGUAGCCUGGGGCUGGGCACUGACCCCCCUCCUGAGAAGGCUGGGCUUGCUCACUUGGUUCUAGGGAUCAGGCAGCCUCCAUGUGGCAUUAAGGCUAUCAUUAAAGUAGUGCUGAGGGUGGCUGUGGGGGUGGGGAAGAGAGCUCUGCAGGAAGGCCCUACACAGGAGGGUGGUGCUUUACUUAAAAAGCAGAACCCAGGCUAGUGGUGCAUGCCUGUAAUCUCUGCACUUGGGAGGCUGAAACAACAUUCUAGGCCAGCCUAGGCUACAAUCAAUGUCUCAGAACAAGGGCUGGGGGGACAUAGCUCAGUGGUAAUGAGUGCUUUAUUUUAGCCCAGCUUGUGUAGGAGUCUCCAUUCCAGUGCUAGUGUAAACCCCUAUAUAUUGACACUGACUACAGGAGACAGGCAGCUUGCUUUCUGAUGGCCUUGUAAGGUUAGGAGUUGAAGGAGAACUCUACCUCUGACUGGAAUCAAAGGUAGAUUCUUUAAGACAGGCCUAGUAAAUGCCUAAGGAUCUUUUUCCCCCUCUUCCCCAGUGCUUGGGGAGCCUAGAGCCCUGGAUAUGCCCACAGCACAGAGCUACAAUGAAGCCACUGCCUGCUUUCUUUCGUGUGUGUGUGUGUGUGUGUGUGUGUGUGUGUUGGGUGGGGUGGGGGAAAGACAGGCUCCUGCUGUUUAGCCCAGGAUAGCUGCAAACUCUUGGCACCUUUCAUGCCUUGGCUUCCUGCUCCUUGGGGUCACAGGUGUGCCUUCGUUCCCUGCUGAUUUCUUUUUUACUCAACCUCCCCCAGAGCCCUGUUUGCCCUGCCCGCAACACUGGAGAUUUGUGAUCUCCAAAUGAACGAUCCCUAGACUUUCUGGUGCUAGGCUUUAGUUGUGAUUCGGAAAUAGAAUAGUUGGGUAAUGGGUUUGUCAGAACAGGGAUGUCAAUUCUACAGUGGCCCAGUUGCCACUGAGGGUUGUAUCCAUCCUAAAGGUACAAAGGCUGUGGCUUUCGGACAUAUAGGGGUCAGUGAUACAGCUUGGCUGGUAACGUGUUUAAAGAAUGAGUUUGAUUCCCAGAAAAAGUUAGAUGUGGUGGUGUACACCUAGGUAGCCCCAGAACUCGGGAGGCAGAACCAGGUGAAUGCCCAGGGUUUGCAAUCUAGGCAGCCUAGCCUAUUUGGUGAGUUUGAGGUCAGAGAACCUGUUUUUGUCUUUUUUAAAAAAUGUGCCUAGCACCUAAGAAAUGGGUGAAAACAGGUUGCUUUCUGGUUUCCACAUGCAUGAGAACACACAAAACAUAUGUGGAUACACUUGUUAGGGACUUGUGUAGCUGGCUUCCCGCCACCACCCUCGUGUGACCAUCUUUGUUGUUGAGCUACUGAUGGAUUUUUUUUCCCCCUACUUGGCCAAAGGUGGCCUUUCCCCCACACCAGGCUUGGCUUACCGCCCAGUGGCUCUCUUGUGGCCUAAGGACCAGAAGUCCAAACCCACAUUUGCCAUGACCCAGAAAGGCACCUUGUGACUGACAACUUUGUCACCCCACUGUUCCCAGUGAUCGGUACAGCUCGGCUUUCAUUCUGCUAUGGCUAGACUUUGGGUGACACAUGGUUGACCUGCCAGUGAGCCCUGCCCACCACUGAGCUGGCAGCCCAGUUCUGCUGGCAGGAUGGCCUCUGGAAUUUUCUGCCCCACAGAACCUUUUGUAAAGAGCUUUUCUUGUAUGGUCAGACCACUUCAGCCUGUAGACUUAUUCUGGAACUGCAGAGUGUUGGGGAAGACCCCCUCUGUUCACAGAGAUAACUUAUAGAUGAGGAGGGACCCUAGCUCCCAGUGCUGGAGACAAAACAGGAAAGAGAAUAGACACCCAGAUCUAGAUGUUUGAGCCCAUAAGCCAACUCUUCUCUAUAAUAAAGUGUUUUGUACAAGA